AUGACUUCCAAAAAGUCACAUGAAGUGCAAGUUUUAAGUAAUAUUGCAGCAGCUGUACAAAAAAUAUCGAAAACAAGUCAUAUUGUAGACAUAGGUGAUGGAAAGGGAUAUUUAAGUUCAAUGCUUGCUUUGAACUAUAAAAUACCUGUGUUAGGAGUUGAUGCUUCAGAAAUAAACACCAACAGUGCUGUAGACAGAGUAGAAAAACUAUCCAAAGUUUGGAACAGUCUUACAACAGGAGAAAAAUCUAAAAAAACCUCCAAAGAUCUUUAUAGACAAAUAACAAAGUAUGUGGAUGAAAAAAUUGAUUUUAAAGAUGUGGUAGAAACAGUUUUUUUGGAAAAACCUACAGAUAUAAGUUUGGUAGGGCUGCAUACUUGUGGUAAUUUAGCAACAGCAUCACUCAGAAUAUUUUGUGCUAGACCUGAAAUAAAAACUAUUUGUAAUGUAGGUUGCUGCUAUCACUUUAUAGCUGAACAAUUUGAACAAAACAUAAAACAUGUUAUACCCAACAAAAAUAAAACGUCCGAUUUUGGAUUCCCAAUGAGCCAAUUUUUAAUUGAUAGACAAUUUGUAAUAGGCAGAAGUGCUAGGAUGAUGGCAGCUCAGUCUGUUGAUAGAAUUUUUUAUAACAAAGAGCUACCAAGUAAAACCAUAUUUUAUAGAGCUUUACUGCAGAUUUACAUGAAAAUAAAUCAUCCUGAUGUCAUCAUCAAAGAUGUUGGCCGAUUUAGAAAACCUGCCUCAGAUUUUGUAGACUAUACAAGAAAAGCUUUAAAAAGACUUAAACUAGAAUUAGAUUUAUCAGAUGAGGUAUUACAUGAAUUUUAUAAGGAGUAUGAAUGUAGGUGUGAUGAGUUGAAUGUAUUCUAUUUGAUAAGGUGUCUAUUGGCGCCAGUUAUAGAAAAUUUAAUUUUGUUGGAUAGAAUUUUAUUUUUACACGAAAACGGUUAUGAAAAUUCUUUUUUGGUACAGUUAUUUGAUCCUGUUAUAUCGCCACGUUGUUAUAGCAUUAUAGCCUUUAAAUGA